UCUCUCCCUCUCUCUCGCCCCCCGUCGUCGAUCCACCGCCACCCACCCACCACCGCCACCUAAUCCUACCCCGCCAGCGGGCCCCGCCACCUUCCGAUGGCCACGCCGCCGCAGUUCUCCGCGAAGCCCCCGCUCAUGGCGGCGGCGGCGGCGGCCAUGGACAUCAUCGACCAGAUGCCGGACACCCCGCAGCGCCACUCCUCGCACCACCGCCGGGCCCACUCCGACACCACCUUCCGCCUCGACGACCUCCUCCUCUUCGACGCCUCCGACCUCGACCUCUCCGCCCUCGACCUCCCCUCCUCCUCCUCCGCCGCCACCACCCCCACCCCCACCCCGUCCCGCGGCGGCGGCGGCGGCGCUGGUGGCGCUGGUGGCGCUGCCUCCAUGGCGGUGGACUCCGAGGACUCGUCCUCCAGGCCCUCGCCCCCGAUCAACCACUUCCGCAGCCUCUCCGUCGACUCCGACUUCUUCGAAGGGCUGAGCUUGACCGGCGCCGGCGGUGGGGCCGGCGGCGACGAGAGAUUUGGCGCCAAGACGGCUUCGGUGGCCUCCGAGAGGAGGGCUUUUCACAGGCACAGCAACUCGAUGGACGGAUCUUCGUCGGCCUCGUUCGACCUCGACUCGUUGAUGGCGGGUGAUGCUGCGAAGAAGGCCAUGGCUCCUGACAGGUUGGCUGAGCUGGCCUUGAUUGAUCCUAAGAGAGCUAAAAGGAUUCUUGCGAAUCGACAGUCUGCGGCACGUUCGAAGGAGAGGAAGAUACGAUACACAAGUGAACUUGAGAGGAAGGUACAGACACUUCAGACGGAGGCAACCACACUCUCCGCUCAGGUCACGCUGCUGCAGAGAGAUACUACAGGGUUGACGGCAGAAAAUAAGGAACUCAAACUGAGGUUACAGGCUAUGGAGCAACAAGGUCAACUGCGAGAUGCUCUAAAUGAAGCAUUGAAGGAGGAAGUCCAACGGCUUAAAAUAGCCGCAGGCCAGAUUCCAGCGGUCAAUGGCGCUCCUUUUGGAGGGCCAAUCCCUCAAUUUUCUGCUCACCAGCCACCAUUGCAUCAGUUUGGCGGCGGCCCAAACCGCCAGCAGCAGCAGCAGCAGCAUAUGCAACAGUCUUCUACCAAUGGGCAGACUCGCAAUGGACAGCCCCACCCGAGCUUUUUAGACUUCAACCCCAGGAUUCAGUAACAUUGUAACUUGUAAGAACCUUUUAGAUGGGUCUCAAUUAGUAGGCGACUAAGUUUUAACAUAUACGAGGUUGGGUUUCUCAUAUCUAUGUAUAGAAUCAUGUAGUCAACGAUGCAGUUGGUGGUGUGUUCUUCGGCUGUUGUUACUGUAGGAGUAAAUUGGGUGGAAGGGGUGGUGAUAUAGAGCACUUAUAUUGGGGUCGAACCAUAAAUCAGCAGGCAAGAACCUCACCUAAUGUUGUGAUACUAUAGCAAUUACUGUCUGUUUAAUAUGUCAUAGUUGUUAACUA